CAUGUUGAAGGGAGUGUCAAUUUCACUUGUAUAACAGAUAAUGGUCAAAAGCUACCUUUCGGUUAUCAACGCCAGAGUAAUAAUUAUUGCAUCCAACACGGCGUUCUCUGAAGAGCUACUCUUAUUACUCUUAACUUCAUGUUUUUUCACAUACAACGCAGAGACAGGAUUUGAAGAGAGUAAAAUCAAUUCGCUUUCUGAAGAACUAACUUCCUUAAGGAAGACUGUUUUAGCCCUAAAGAACAUGGAUAAUCGCCAAAAUGACCUUAUCGGUGACCUCAAAGAAAGAAAUACUCUUCAAGAAAGACGCAUUACAGAACUAGAAGCUGUCCAACACAGGCGAGACAAAGUCUGCGAGGAGAUGAAAGUCCGACGGGAGAAAACAGAUAAUAGAUUAAACAGACACUUUUCUCCUUCUUUGGACACCAAGAACACCGCAGUUAAAUUACUUGGGAAAGAAAACCAUAAAGAAAGAAUAGUGAGAUCAAGGAAUCUGCAUAAGAAUGCAAGGAACAGUGGAAAGCCCCCGUAUGAAAAAGGCGUCAUCGCUUUUUAUGCCCAGAUGUCCUUCAUAGGUGUUCGUCCUGGCGUUCGCCAUAUCUUCAUCUUUGAUAAAGUACGAACUAAUGUUGGCAAUAUAAUGGUUUCACUGGGGCCUUUACUGCACCAAAAGAGGGAAUUUACGCAUUUAUCUGGGUUGUUAGACUGCAUAAAGCUGAGCGCUCAACUGAAUUAA